AAGACACAACCAGCCAGAGUAAUAAGGCUGCACAUUGUAAUACCCUAGACCAACCCCUCACCUCUCUAAGCGACGCCAUCUCUAUAUCGACUUCACGGCGGCAUUAUCCCCGGCCACCGCCUCGUGGUUCGGUUCUCCUCUUAUUAGUUCGUUCAUUGCUUCAAAUUCUUUGCGGUUUAGAUUCUCCGCCAAAUUUACCCGUUGAGGAACUGAUUUGUUUCGUGUUAUAAACCCGUGCUGCACUCCGUUGGACUGAAUUAGGGUUUUGUUAAUCAGGAGGAUUUGUUAUUGAGUGUCUGUCUAUCUGAGAAACAUGUUGAAGCAAGCAAUUGGCAGAAUUUGCAGCAGAACCAAUGCUUAUUCUUGUGAAGGAAACAGAGUUUUGCCUUGCAUUUAUGUGGCUUCUCGUUUUUUCCGCAAUGGACAGGCAAAUAUGGCACCUAGAAGCUUUUUUGGGGUAGAGGAUUUCGUCGAUGAUGACAACAGUCGACCUUAUACAUACCAAAAAGGCAAGAAGUCAAAGAAUCCAAACAAGCAUAUAUCAUUCAAACAAAGAACAGUUGCAUACAUGGAGCCAUUUACACUUGACGUGUUCAUCUCAAAACGUUUUGUAUCUGCUUCACUCACUCAUAGAGUAACAAGCAAACAAGUUGCAGUUGCAGGUACCAACUCCAAGGACAUAAAAGCCGUUCUUAGAUCUCGAUCAGACAUACCAGCGUGCAUAGCCAUUGGUCGGAUUUUAGCUGAACGAGCAGUGGAAGCUGAUGUUUACACUGCUUCGUAUACUCCAAGGGAACGAGAUAAAUUUGAAGGGAAAAUCAGAGCUGUUGUUCAAUCACUCAUCGAUAAUGGGAUUGAUCUCAAGGUUUAUCUUGAUUGAGUCUUGCACAAUCUUUUAAAGCAAACACUACCAGCCAGUUAAGUUAUUUAGAUUCUGGUUGUGUUUCAUUUAUGUCCAUGUAGCUUGAUAAUUAUAAAUUGAUAUCAAUAUUAGUAUUGUGAACGAAAGAUUAUGGCAUAACGCAUGGAAUUUUGUAUUUAUAAAACACACCAUAACCAUCUUCUCGGGUUCCAAUUUCUGAAUCAUGUUGUAGAGGUGUCCAUAGUUCAUAUUUUAGUCAAAUUUCUAAUUUAAUUUUCCACAA